ACAAACUCAGCUUUAUAAUAACCCUGAAAAGGUUUCGCUUCAUUCGCCGAACCACUUUUUCCCCAAGUGUUCCUACGCAUCGUUGUAAUUUUAUUCAGACAGUGAAUAGUGGUGGCCUGUACUUCUGAAUGUGAAUUUUGCAGCAUCGUUUGGAAACCGUAUACGAAGGAAGACUUCGCACGUACAACUGUAAUUUGCUCGAAGUACGAAAUCAUUUCCUCAGAAAUGUCUGAAUCCGAUUUAUUAUCUAAUGAACAACUUGAUGGCCUUGAUGGGCUUGAGAACGGCCAAGAUGGGGACGCUUUAAUGCACAAUGAUUGUGUGAGACGUGACUUCACUGAAGCUAAUAUUGAUGAUCCCGAAUUAGAAGCUAUAAAAGCGAGAGUCAGAGAAAUGGAAGAAGAAGCAGAAAAAUUAAAACAGUUACAAUCUGAAGUAGACAAGCAGAUGAACAUGGGUAGUCCUCCCGGAAUAACUAGUCCAUUAAAUAUGUCAAUCGAGGAUAAAAUGGAAGUAGACAAUAGGUCUAUCUACGUUGGCAACGUCGAUUAUGGCGCAACUGCAGAAGAACUGGAGCAACAUUUCCACGGAUGUGGCAGUGUCAACAGAGUAACUAUUUUAUGUAAUAAGUUUGAUGGACAUCCAAAAGGUUUUGCAUACAUAGAAUUUGCUGAUCGAGAUUCCGUACAAACAGCAAUGGCUAUGGACGAUUCAGUGUUCAGAGGUCGACAAAUUAAAGUAAUGCCUAAACGAACAAAUAGACCUGGCAUGUCAAUGACAAACCGAGGACCAAGGGGAGUACGAGGAUAUCGAGGAAUUACUCGUGGAAUCAGUCGUGGAAGUGCAUAUUUUGCGGGAUACAGACCCACAAGGCGACCCAGGAGUUACAGGCGUGGGUACUACAUGCCAUACUGACCAUUUUAGAGGAU